AUGGUCGUCAAAACUGAUCUUUGCUUUUACUCUGGCUUCCGUAUCUAUCCGGGCCAUGGCCGCCGCUACAUUCGCACAGAUGGGCGUCAGUACGUCUUCAUCAACUCCAAGUCGGAGGCGUCGUUUCACAUGAAGCGCAAGGCUGCGAAGCAUUCAUGGACACAGCUUUACCGUCGUCUGAACAAGAAGGGUAUCCAGGAAGAGACCCAGCGUCGCCGCAAUCGCCGAAAGGUCUCCGCAGCCCCCAAGGCUGUGGAGGGUGCCCCUCUCGAAGUCAUCAAGGCCAAGCGUAACCAGCGUCCCGAAGUCCGUAAAGCUGCCAGAGAUGCCGCUUUGAAGGAUAUCAAGGAACGCAAGAAGGCCGCCAAACCGAAGACUAGGUCCCAGAUUCCCUCUGGAAGGGGCGCUAAGAAAAUGCCGGUUGCUCAACGCCGUUGA